CCUCAAACUCCAGACCAUAUAAACUCAUACACUGACCUACUUUGUCAUCAGAGGAAGACGGCAUCAGACCCACAGAACCUCCGCAAACGCUUUGACUUUUGGACUGAAGGAUGUUGUCGUGCGUGUGCGUGUUGCUGCUGCUGGCGGCCUCGGCUCAGAGUCACUUGGAUGAAGCCACUCUGGACUCGCAGUGGGAACAGUGGAAGAUGACCCACACCAGAGAAUACAACGGCCUGGAUGAAGAGGGGAUUCGUCGAGCCAUCUGGGAGAAGAACAUGUGGAUGAUUGAAGCCCACAACCAGGAGGCGGCUCUGGGCAUGCACAGCUACGAGAUGGGGAUGAACCACCUCGGCGACAUGACGUCAGAGGAGGUGUCUGAGAAGAUGACCGGCCUGCUGGUUCCUGAUAACAGAGAUCCCAACUACACCGUGGAGCUGGACGUCGGACGAGUGUCCAAGCUGCCCAAAUCUAUCGACUACCGCAAGAAGGGCAUGGUGACCUCUGUGAAGAACCAGGGCUCCUGCGGCUCCUGCUGGGCCUUCAGCUCCUGCGGGGCCCUCGAGGGCCAGCUGGCCAAGACUACGGGUCAGCUGGUAGACCUCAGUCCUCAGAACCUGGUGGACUGCGUGACCGAGAACGACGGCUGCGGAGGAGGAUACAUGACCAACGCCUUCAAGUACGUGCAGCAAAACGGGGGCAUCGACUCUGAGGUGGUCUACCCGUACAUCGGAGAGGACCAGCCGUGCCGCUACAACUCCACAGGUAUGGCGGCUCAGUGCAAAGGCUACAAGGAGGUCCCGCAGGGCGACGAGCACGCGCUGGCUGUGGCGCUGUUUAAAGUGGGUCCCGUGUCCGUGGGCAUCGACGCCACACUGAGCAGCUUCCAGUUCUACCAGAGAGGUGUUUACUACGACCGCAACUGUAACAAAGACGACAUCAAUCACGCCGUUCUGGCAGUGGGCUUCGGAGUGACCCCCAAGGGGAAGAAGUACUGGAUCGUCAAGAACAGCUGGGGCGAGACAUGGGGCAAGAGCGGAUACAUCCUGAUGGCACGCAAUCGUGGAAACCUCUGCGGCAUCACUAACCUGGCGAGCUACCCGGUGAUGUGAGGGAGACGAGCGAGGACCUCAGAGGAAGACGAGGGAGAACGAGGACUACUGCGGGAAAAGUUCAUUCCAUACAUCAGCAACCACUACGAAACACAACGGAUGAUUUAAAGUUUGUUUACAUGGACUCGACCGAUACAACACAAAUAAUUCAAACUGAAAGGGCCAAAUGUUGCAGAGUUUUGGGUUUUAAACGCCCUAAAAAUGCAAAGUUCAAACAUGAAGGAGGUUUGGUUCUCUGGAGCGGUUUGAACUUCAUCUUUUCAGUUUCAUCUCCAAACCAGCUUCAUGUCUGUCGGCUCUUUGUCGGAUGAAAUACCUCCAGUUCUCUGUUUUUAACCCCCAAGGAAAUGAUUGCUUUAGAGCCAAAAGUGCCAAGUUUAAUCCUCAAAUCAAAAUCUAUUUCACCUGUAAUCUGUGACAGUUCCCUUCUUAUUGUUUGACUCACAGUUUGUGUAAAGCCUAACAGAGUUUAGAGUCAGUGAUAGGACACAUUGCUGGACGAUGAAGCUCCUCCUUCAAGUCAACGCAGAGUCUCUUUAAAGUGUUUCUCUCCGUCGCUACGCAUUUUGUUGUUUUUGUUGUUCUGUGAAGCACUUUUCUGUUGAUCAAAGACUCUAAACUGAUGUUUUCUAUGAAGUUGAAUAAAGGUUUCAUUUUGAACUUGAA